UUAGUACUGCUUAUGGUACGCAAGUACUCUGGAGGAGAGAUUCGGGCACAAUGGCUUCCUUCUGGAUUUUCUCAAUCCAGUUGCUCCUGCUGAUCUCCGUUGCAUCUGCAUCACAUUUCACUGCAGGCACUGUUAGGGUCGUUCCCAAAGAAAAACACCUGAAUGGAUCCAUUAAGGUGGAAAUAUAUUUCAGGCAAACUUACAGAAGCUGCUAUCACUAUUUCGAUUGGAGAUGCUUGAAUGGUAACUGCGGAAAAAUAUCGGAAGCAAAAGAAGGUGUAAUAGACGGUAGCACAAAUUCAGCACCCCACACAAAUGCUUGGUGUGAAACAGAAGUAGUGCAGUCAAGAUAUUACCCCAAUGACGAUUCAUUUGACCUGAGGAAAGCUAGCUGCUGUUGGAUUCCAACUGUGAAUUUACGUGGGUCCUGGAGACUGUUCACACAUGUGGACUUGAGGGAAAGAUCUGAUAACUGGCAGGCGAAUGGCUCUCCAAAUAAUGCCAUCAUGCCCUUCCUGAGAGUUCCUUCAAACUGCCCAAGAUCCUACCAUCUGAUGACAGAUGACCCUGAUGGUGAUCGGGUGAUUUGCAGAUAUGGAACCAUCUUAAACAGAGAAUGCGCUACAUGCAAUCAACCCCAAGGUUUUGAGCUGGAUGAGAGAAACUGUGUCCUACACUACCGUUCCACAUCAUACACUGGGACGUAUGGGUUUGAGUUGGUGCUGGAAGACUUUCCAAGAACCACCAUCUCCUUGAUCUCCACAAAUGGAACUUCAACUCAGAGGUUACCUUUGCCUUCAAACAGAAAGAAACGUGCAGUCUACUACACAUACUCUUACACCACUAUCCCAGGCCCAACCACCACCACGACAGGCCCAACCACCAUGACAACCAAUAAGCCAUGGUGGUGGCAACAUCAAGGCCCAACCACUACCACCACAGGCCCAACCACCAUGACAACCAAUUACCCAUGGUGGUGGCAACAUCAAGGCCCAACCACCACCACGGCAGGCCCAACCACCACCACCACAGGCCCAACCACCACCACGGCAGGCCCAACCACCACCACGGCAGGCCCAACCACCACCACGGCAGGCCCAACCACCACCCCGUACCAAACCUACGCCAGGCAACCGUAUCCUACUCCUCUCAGUCAAAUUCCUCUUCAAUUCUCCGUUCUAGUGGAUUCGCCUGUUCCGUCCUGCACUGAAGGAGAGUACCUGCCUAGGUUUGUUCACCCAACACCAAGUCAUGGAGACCAUCUGAAAGCUCAAGUCAAUGAAGAAUUUGAAAUCACAGUCAAAGCAGUAGCUCAAUAUUCAACAGUAGGUGAUAUCAUCUUCACAGGACCCCUGGGUACCACCAAACACAGGAUUGAACAGGGAGAGUUUUAUCUGAGAUGGACCCCGACUGUACACCAAUUUGGAGACCAGGUUCCAAUUUGCUUCAUUGCGGAGGCAGCUUUUUCGUAUCAGCAGUUACAGUCAGAAAUGCGAUGUGUUUGGGUGCAUGUUGAACACGCUAAAGCACACGUGAUCUGCAAUGAAACCUCCAUGACAGUAGAGUUGGAGAAAGCCGCAUUUAAGGGACUAGAUGAAGAUCACCUGCGGCUAAAUGAUCCCGGCAGCACAGCCUGCAGACUACACUCCAAUGGCACUCAUGUCAUUGGUUUCAUCCCACUUAAUGAAUGUGGUACUAUGAUUAAGGAGGACGAUGAAAACCUUUUGUUCUCAAAUGAGAUCACCACCUUUGAGGAUGUCAGAGACAUCGUUACCAGGAAACAUCUUUUGGAAGUUCAGUUUUCCUGCCAGUACCCAAAGCGUGGAAACGUAUCCCUUGGGUUUACAGUCCACAGGGACAACCAGACUAUUACCGAGAAGGGCUUUGGGACGUUCACCUACAACUUUGAGUUCUACCCAGACAUCCACUUCGACACAAUGAUCAAUCCACACUUCUACCCGCUGGACUAUGAAGUUGGAGAUAAGAUAUACAUGCAGAUAGAUGCCACGACUUCAAUCAAUAACACUGUUCUGUUUGUGGAGUCCUGUAGUGCUUCACCUUACGAUAACCCCAAUUACCAGCCCACCUACCCAAUCAUAGAGAACGGGUGUGUACAGGACUCCACUGUUGUCCUCUAUCCCCCAAGUCAUAAUAAACAGUUUCGGUUUUCAAUCGAUGCCUUCAAAUUCAUAGGAUUACAUGACCAGGUGUACAUCAGCUGUUCGGUCAUUCUAUGUGAGGCUGGGAACCCCAACACCAGAUGCUCCAGGGGAUGUCUCCCAACCAACCCCAUUGGUCGGCGCAGGAGAUCGGCUGUGAUUGAAACAGGAGCGCACUUCAUUUCCCAGGGUCCUUUGCGUCUGCAAAGCACACCGGAAAACAAGAGCAGUGUAACCGGCCUGAAUCUCAACAUGGCCUUCAUCGCUGGAUGCCUUCUAGCGGCGAUUGCCAUGAUCUGUGGAGUGAUGAUUCACAAAUUCAAGAGGCCUGCUGUUCGGUAUCAGCCUUUGUCAAGCAUUGAGCAAUAGGUUAUCAGUGAACAUGGCUUGGAUAUCGAAAUGUAUGGGAAGGAUAUUGUUAAUUAGCCUCACAAAUUAAUUAUAAUAAAUAAGGAAUUCUUUCAAAGUCUGAUUAUACAAUAUAUAUUGUUAUUUCUUGUUUACUGUAUCGAGAUAGGUAAUUGGUUAUUGGUUCAUAUUAUUCUUUUAAUUCUCCAAAUAAUAAUCUCAGCUCUAACUCAUGAUGAUUAUACUAUAACAUGAUAAUUAAUAAAGCAUUUUUUCUUGUAGCAUAAAUACACAUCUGAUGUUUAUAUUAUUCUACACAACUACCACAUCUACAAUAUUUUAAUUAUUUAAUGAACAUAGUUUGCUGUUGUGACUUUCUCACGCUGAAAAGCAUUUUCCGCACAUGCAAACAUGUUACUAAGCAUGCAAGGGGUUGUAUAGAGACCCUAUAUCAACAUGGAAGAGAAGCACAAUCAAAUAGAAAACAAUAAACACAUUUAUUUUCCUUUCAAUGAAAACUCGUGUUU